AGGAUCGGCCGACGACCUUAUUCUAGAACACGAUUGUCAGAGUACUUCUGGAAUGUACGUUUAUAGUUACAUUGAUCCCUUCUGUACUUCAACGUGUCCUAACGGAGAAGUGAAGCCUAAAGCCCAACAAAUAUGUCGGUACAGCUGCUGGUGGUCGACCAUCCACCCGCGUCAGACCCGGGACAGAUGGACGAGUCCACAGAACUAACAGGAGAGGGCGAGUUAGAGUCUCCCACGCGUCCCGCUGGUGAGGAAGAGGAUGGUGAGACCUCUCCGUGUGCACCGGAGCACGGCAGUGAUCAGCCCGGCUCCGCGGAGCAGGUGGACUCCGAUGUGCCAGACGUGCAGAAGGACAGCGAUGAGGAGUAUGACACAGACCUGGAGACAGGAGACGAGCGGCGGGACUACGACCCUGUGUGUGAGAUGAAGCGUGUUUACCUGGAGCUGUGCGAGCGGACAGGUGUCGUGCCGGCCUCCUACUUCCUCCGCCACGUGGCAUCAGAAGUGCUGGACAUGAGCUACCACGGGCUGGGCGCCAUGGGUGCCAGGUGCAUCGCUAUUCCGCUGCACACCAACACCUACAUCACGCAGCUGAGUCUAGAGGACAACUGGCUGUGUGGGGAGGGCGGGAAGCAUAUUGCAGACAUGCUGAAGGAGAACUGUUACAUCUCUGAACUGAACCUGGCUAAUAACAAGCUUGGGUCCGUGGGUGCGCAGGCCAUCUGUGAGAUGCUCCAAGAGAACACCACGCUGAAGGCGCUCAACUUGGCGGGGAACGAGUUCAGAGACAAGGAUGGACAAUUGUUUGUUGACGCCCUGCAGAACAACUAUCAGCUGAAGGAGGUCAAUCUGAGCUAUAAUUUGUUCUCAGACGGGGAGCACAUUGGAAACGCCAUCGCUGCGAAUGAUUCUAUGGUGCAGCUGGACCUGAGCUGGAAUCAGCUGCGUGGGAAGGGCGCUCUCGCUAUCUGCAACGGACUGAAGCUGAACACGACACUGAAAUGUCUUGACGUGUCGUGGAAUGGGUUCGCCGAUGAGGGCGCGCUGGGGUUCGCUGAAGCUCUCAAGUUCAAUAACGUCCUGACGUCAUUGGAUAUCACUAACAAUAGGAUCACGUACCAGGGCGCCGCCUAUCUGGCCAAGGGCGUGGCAGAGAACGACACUCUCAAGUCACUCAGGGUGGGUAAGAAUCCCGUUAUGAUGAAGGGAGCGCUACAGCUGCUGGACGCGGUCAGGAUCAACAGCAGGACCGCACUGGAGUUACUGGACCUCACGGACGUGCUGCUGAGUCCAGAGUUCAUACAGCUCCUGGAGGAAGUAAAGGAAAAACACCCGGACUUUCGGAUCCAGCAUGGCGGGGUAGCCGGGGAAAUCGCACAGAAGAUUAAAAGAGCAAACCCCAUGCUGGUCCUCCGGGACGCCCUUCGCCAGACUCACUCCAGACUCAUCGACUUCUUCAAGAGUUUCGACAAGGAGGGAAACUUAACGGUCACAGUGGAGGAGUUCAAGGCUGGUCUACAGAGAGAAGACAUUCAUCUGGACCCCAUACAGCUGUGGGAUCUGUUCCGUGCACUGGACAGGGAUGAGGACGGUAUGGUGAAUUAUGGAAAGCUGCUAGAGAACACGGAGGACGGAGAGGGGGGUAGCGAAGGGGAGGCAGAGGAAGAUACUACUUAGGCAUGCGCAGGCCAGCAGCAUUUGAGUUUGGACAUGCCAGUUUAAGCUUGUGUUUUAACGUUAUCAAUACUGAGAAGGAUAGGCUGGAUGCCACCCGACUUGCAACGGAAGAGGCUUCUUGUACUCGCUGGUCCGAAAAGGGGAGCGAGUACGGGAGCCCUGGUAUACAACCCGGAUGUCACCCAGGCUGUGAGAAAGAAGCCAUGAGAUUUACCAAAUACAUUGGGCCACCCUUUCACCUCUCCAGUUAGAAAUGUUGUGCUUGUGAUUCUUGUGCAUCGCACUUUCGUUUUUUAUUUACUUUGUCAGUAGAGACUCUGUGUUCACAGUGGCUUUAUGUAUAAUUAGACAGCAAAGAAAGUAGAUUUUUUCUGAGGCGAAGUACAUGUGCUGGAAAUGUCAAAAUCAUAGGUACUUUUGCAGCCAAGUGCAGAAAAUCUCUUUUCAAACAACCUGUACAAUGAGAGCUUUUUGAGACAAGCCCUUAGUGUGUAAACCCAGUCUGUGGGGAGACCAUAAAGACUGCCAACAUGACCUGAAGGUCAAACUGUGGUUACAAAAUCUGCACCUCUCCUGCCAUUCUACUACAUUCACAUGAUAUCUACGAACAUACAAACAAACUCAGAAGAAAACAAUACCUACGUACCAAUAUACAUGUAAUAGGUAAAACCUGUAAGGCAAUUUACACAAAUCUUCACAACCUCUUUCUGUCCCGAAGUGACCUCCUGCGAGCUGAAAGAGAAAUGCUGCUCGAGAAGUGGGCGAAAGAGCAUCAAGAAAGGCUUCAAGCGGAACAGGAGUCUAGGAUUCAUGAAGCGCUGCUGAA